AUGUCCAAGUCGUACGAUUCGCAUCCCAUAAGUUUUUCUCCAAGACGACCAAGAAAAAGAAAAUUUCCCAAGUCUCGAUUCAAACAUAGCCAUUCACUAAACCGAGUCCGAGGACAUUCACGGGCCGCUGCAAGGGAACGACUAUUGGAAUUAAGUCGUCCGGCUAAAUCGGUGUCUUUGUCACCGAACUACGCUUCAAUUAAAUGGAAUCCACCAUUACGACGUGAACAUGUGAAUUUGGACAAGACACAUCAGAAACAAUACGUCCCGGUGCUUAUGGAGUCGGUGGAAAAAUUGGCUUGUUUAUUCCCCCCGAACGGUACAGAGAAACAAGAAUCCGAUACAGAAUUGACUAUUUAG